AUACUUGAAAUUCAGAACUGGAUCGUCGUGCUGAAAAUUCCUGCCGAACUAGGGUUUACAGGAAGAAGAAGGUAUCUCUCUCCAAUAAUUUAACUUCUUGCUCUCAUAGCAAAUUGUGACUGUGAAGAAGACAUUGUUAAGUAUCACGAAGAACUUAAGAGAUCCGGAAUUCAAGUAACAAAGCAUGUGCUGAUGUCUCUUAUAUAUGCGUAUGCUGCUUGUGGACAGUUCGAUAAGGCAAAACAGGUAGUACUAUCCAAAGACAUACCCGUAAAGAGCCUUAAUGAGCUUAAAAGUGUGAUUGUGUCUGCUUUGGCUUUACGCGGUAAAAUUUCUGAUGCUAUUGCCUUUGAGGAAGUCAAAGAAGCCAACUGCGAACCUAAGACAACAAUUGUCUUAUUAGAGAGAAAGAGAGAUCUAUUCGUCUCUAUAGGCAACAAACGGACUGCCGAAAAUGAGGCAAAACUUCGUCACAAUCGGAUUUCUUCUACUCAUAACUGCUUCUCUACUACGCUAUUGUUCAUCUCUCCAGAUUGGCGAGACCUGUUCAUCCAAUAAUAAUCAAUGCGAUGCCGGAUUACGCUGCCAAACCUGUGCUGCAAAUGGAAAUACUCGUCCCAGAUGUGCUUGUAUUCAACCAUUGAGCUCCGUCUCCAAGGUGAAAGACCUUCCUCGCCCUGUCCGGAGUGAAAUCCGCGACGGGAUCUCUCAUCAUAGCAAUAACGAACCAAAGGCAUGUAUAGUUUUGUUGUUCAUUAUUAGUGCAACGUCUACGAGUACCUCUGAUGCAUUUAUGUGUGCAAGGAUAUUGAUUAGAUCUUCGAUAAAGCUGUUAGAGCAAAAUGGUUACAACAAAGCAGCAGUUGGAGGAAGUGUGAGUUAAAAUGAGAGUAUUGACUAACUUUCACUUUUUGAAAAUUUGUUAUAUUGAUACAUUUUGUUAAUGUUUUUUUUAUGUCAGUAACUAUUAAAGAUACAUUUUGUGAAUAUUAUUUUUGACUUAAUACUUUAAAAUAGUUAAUUAUUUAUUUUGAA